GAGCAGGACCAGCCGUGGUACGUGCCGUGGCCGGCCGCCCCGUGCGAGGGCAGCGCUGCCCACGGCGCGGCGCUGGCUGCCAAGGCAGCUCCGCGGGAGCCGACGUGCGACGCAGCCCUCCUCUGCGAGGGCUGCUCGGGACCGGCGCCCGCGCGGAGAGCGGCUGGGCCAGGC